UCUUUGUAGCAUCAAAAAGUACUUUUGAAAACAUUUAAAUAUUGAAUUACAAACAAUUUGACACAUUUAGUGAAUACGUUUUAUAUUUUAUAUUUUUAUGUUAUAUCUUAAAUAAAUGAACUUAUUUCAAAAGCUUGUGCGUGAAGGCCAUGUGAACACAUUCAAGGAAAGCAUCUGUUUAGGAGCUGAUAAUUUUUUCAAUGCAGAACAGGAUAGUUUGUUCAUGUAACACCUAUCAGUGGCAAAAUUUUGUGUGACCAUUGUGACAUCACAAAUAGAGAGGGUUUAAAUGUGAUCAAUGCCCACAUUCAGCAGCUUAUGACCCGAUUCAACAUGUUCUCCCUCGUCCUAGCAUCAGUGCUCAUUGCUAGCGCCUUUGGGUGUGGCCAGCCACCCAUUCAGCCUGUCAGCUCCCGUGUGGUCAAUGGCGUGGAAGCCAGACCCCACAGCUGGCCCUGGCAGAUCUCUCUGCAGUAUCUGAAUGGUGAUUCCUGGUAUCACACCUGUGGAGGAUCUAUCAUUGACACCAACUGGGUGAUGACCGCUGCUCACUGUAUCAGUUCUUCGAGGACCUACAGGGUAUUUGUUGGUAAGCAUAACCUGGCAGAAAACGAGCCUGGCUCAAACGCCAUCAGUACAGAGAAGAUUAUUGUGCAUGAGAAGUGGAACCCAGUAUUUGUGUCCCUUGGAAAUGACAUUGCCCUCAUUAAGCUGUCCGAGCCUGUGACACUAAGUGAUAGUGUUCAGUUGGGCUGCAUCCCUGCUGCAGGCAGCAUUCUUUCAAACAACUACCCCUGCUAUGUUACGGGCUGGGGAAGACUGUCCACUGGUGGCCCUCUGCCUGAUACCCUGCAACAGGCUCUGAUGCCCAUUGUUGACCAUGAAACCUGCACCAAGCCUGACUGGUGGGGUCCAUCCAUCAAGGAAACCAUGGUCUGCUCUGGUGGAGAUGGUGUUGUUGCUGGCUGCAAUGGUGACUCUGGUGGCCCCCUGAACUGCAAGAACUCUAGCGGCAUAUGGGAGGUGCACGGUAUCGCCAGCUUUGUGUCGGGUCUGGGUUGCAACUAUGUGAAAAAACCUACAGUGUUCACCCGUGUGUCUGCUUUUAAUGACUGGAUCGAUCAGACCAUGAUGAACAACUAAGAUGGACCAAAGGUGCUGACCUCAUUGUUAAGAACGAAAAACAAAUCCCACAAAUCAUCAAAUAAACAAUAAAAGAACA